UUAGACAGCGUACGCACGCACGCGAUCGAGGGUGGCCUUCUCGGAGAGUGCCCGCCGUGCCCGUCUGGCGAAGAGACCCAGCGCGUCUCCAAAAUCGGUCAUUGUUCCCGCCUAGAAACGCCACCACGGAGUCGAAGGACGCGAUGCCGCACAUCUACUACUCCGACAAGUACUACGACGAUAAGUACGAGUACAGGCAUGUCGUUUUGCCGAAAGAAAUGGUGAAACUGGUGCCGAGGACUCAUCUGCUGUCCGAGCAGGAAUGGAGAGCUAUCGGAGUCCAGCAAAGUCAAGGAUGGGUGCACUACAUGAUUCACGAGCCCGAACCACACAUUCUGCUGUUCAAGAGGAAAAUAACGACGCCUCUGGAGCUGAGAGGGGAAGAGAAUUGAAUGCAGCCAAGUUACGUCGUCUUGUAAAUAACAAUUCAGAUCAUGUUCAUAUUUAUGGUGGAACAUAUUUACGAUCACUCACCGCGUCUCUCAUUCUCUCUCGGUCUCGCUAGCAAGACCGAUAUGGUGCGCCUGCGUACAAAAAUACACUUUAUAAAAGUCUGCGUGAAAGAAUGGAGAAAUCGCGAGCCAAUCGUAUAGAAAUAUUUCGACGAACGUCCACAGAAUAGUAUGUCCAUGGUCGUGUUUAUUUCUAAUUACUUCGCAUUGCCAUUUGUAAAAGAAAUGUCAAGCAAGUAUGCUGUAUAUAUGUCUAUAGAGUAUGUUAGUUCUUAAUCUCAGUUUAGCUUCUCUAAUUCUUUUCUCCUCUUUGCAUUGGAAAACUCGAGAGUUAAGAGAUACGUCGCGAUAUAUAUUAGCUCCGAAAUAAAAUGAAAUAUUCUAGUUGCUUCCAAAGACUGGUGAUUCCGAAGCGUAGUAAUUCAUAAGAACAUGUGAUUACAGUGCCUUCUCGUAGGAACCAAAACCUUUCAAUUUAAAUUUUAAGGCGCCUAGGAUAAUCGUUUUCCUUUUAAGUUUGACAUUUAACGCGAAAAUUUUUUAAAUUUAUACGAGGGAAGUGUAAACGUAUUUUAAGUUCUACGUAAUUCGUUCGUUUCGAUUUUUUAGCACCUUGACUUUGGCACGGGAAGUCUUGCAUUUAUUUUCUUUUUUUCUGUCGCGAUUUUUAUGUUCUCCCCCGUUUCGAGUGAACCUAUGUGCCGCAUAUGAUUUAUGUAUCUUAAAAGCUAUAUAAUAUUGGCUACAUUAAUUUCAUACUCGAAAUACAUCAGGUCUUUCCCACGUUCGCGUUAGCUUUAGCAUCCGGGCGAUUUUGGUUUACUUUUUUUUUGUAAGAAAAGAAAAAGGAAAAAUGUAUUACCAAUAUUGUGUUGAAUAAAUGUUUGCAUUUA